UGCUGACACUCUUCUGACUUCUCACGUUCCUCGGGUGUCGCAGACAUUUCGAGAUCUCGAUCGGCUAUAAAAUCUCGUAUUCCUCCUGCUUGCAAGUGCAAGUUCCACAGAAGAGGUGUCUGUGAUAUAUAACUCAAAUUGGGGAUACCUUACCAUGUCUACAGAGCUCAAAGCGAUGAAAGGGAGCAUUUGCCAUGAGUUUGAGACCGGGCUCCCCGCUGCCGACGUGUGGGGUGUCUAUGGAACUCUCCUUUUUGGGAAAUUGAUGCCCCAACUGCUUCCUGAAGUGGUCUCAAAGGUUGAACUUUUAGAGGGAGAUGGCGGUGCUGGAUCAGUCCUGCUUAUUACCUUCCCUCCAGGAACUCCUGGAUCAGAAACUUUCAAAGAAAAGUUCAUCAAGGUCGAUAAUGAAAACUACAUCAAGGAGACAAUAGUCACUGAAGGAGGCGCUCUAGAUCAUGGCUUUCAGAAAUACAUGGUUCGAAUCGAGAUUAUGGGGAAAGAAGACAAGACAUCCAUCGUAAGAUCGACAAUGGAAUACGAAGUCGAUGAUGAGCAUGCAGACACACCCCCUGUGUUCAGUACCGAUGGGUUAGCUACUAUUGCUAAGGCCAUCACAAAGUAUAUCAAGGAGCAGAAAGGUUCUGACUUCUGAGGAAGCUCCCAAGUAAUUAAACUCUGGGAAGAAGAAAUUAAAGGACCAUAUAGCGUCAAUAUAUCUAUUUUUUGGAUUACUUCGUGCCUUGUUCGGCACCUAUUCUCUCGUUCAGUUAGUUGACUGAGUGAUAGCAAUUAGAAUAUGAAACCGUGCUGCGUUCACGCGGGGUGUCCACGUUUGUUUCUUCUUCCGUAGUUGAAUCGUGAGUGAGUUUUAUAGAUGCUUGUUUAUUACUCCCUCAUUCCAAUUUAUAAGUAGUUAUGUGAUUUUUUA